UUGAGCCAAAUCUUGUGACUGCAAAGAGACAGAGAUAAACAACAGGAAUAUAAAUAGCGAGGAACAACUGGUAGCCCGAUAGAAAAGACCAAUCGGAGCAGAAAUAAGAACUAAAUAAGAAGACCAAAACAACACCCAAAGCCCUGAGCGUUAAUGCGAAAAGGGCUGGGCGUUGCCCUGACUCUCUGCCUGCUCCUGGUGGGGUGGGUGGAGGGUCAGGAGCACUGCAACAAGCCACCAGCAUGGACCAUUGGAGGGAAAGAACCAAUGACCGAUUCUCUGGGCAAAGUGACAGUUGUGGCCCUGCUCCAGGCUAGCUGACAUUUCUGUCUGACUCAGGCAGCUGGUUUGACAGUCCUGCAACAAAAACUACACGAAAAUGGAUUUGUGAAUGUCUCCUUCAUUGUGGUAAAUCACCAAGGGAAAUCCUCACGUGAAAAGUACCAACAUCUAAACUCAAAGGUGGAAAAUCAAAUUCCCGUGUAUCAGCAGGAUGUUAAUCAACCUGAUGUUUGGACGCUGCUCCGAGGAAUUAAGGAUGACUUCCUGAUCUAUGAUAGGUGUGUUACACUAAUGGUUAAUUUUGAGAUUAGUCAACAGCUUUCAGAAU